AUGGCAUUCAGCAUCGCGACAAGAGGAGAAAAGCCAUCCAGCGCAUGGGGACACUUCUCGUCGGACAGAAGCUACCUCGUUGUCAUGUCAAACACUAUAUCAUUACAGAGGUCGGGCGAAGCAUCAUGCGGUCAGGCCGAGAAGAAGCUGCUCAAGGCAUCCCCGGCUUCGCGACUUUACAUGAAAUCACGUAGGAGGCUGGUCGCUUCGCUUGGCAUCUUGCAAGGGAGUCCCCUGCGCAACGCACAAAAGUCUUCGAACCCACAGUCGAAGCCUGCGCGAAGGCAGUACUGUCGAGCAAAUGCUGUUGACUUCAAGCAGAUAUGCUUCCAUUCAUGUUUGGCUCGGCGCACUGUUCCACCGGUGGGCCGACUGCCCAUGGGCUGGUUGGUCACAAGCUUCUGCCCCAGCAUAUCGCUCUUGCUGGUCAUCAAACCAAAUGAUAAAGUAUCAUCUUGUACAUACGUAUAUGAGUGGAGUCUUUGA